AUGGCUACAUUUUCUCAAUCAACUGUGGAUAGUGGCUCUGAUUCUAUUAAAGACUUUUAUUGUUCACCCUGCAUUGAGCACAAAAUUGACCAGUGGGCAGAAUUUUACUGCAAUAACUGUCUUAAAUUUUAUUGUGCAAGAUGUAUUAACCUGCAUGAUCAGUUGUUUGGCAAACAUGUGACAUAUGGAAGGGGCGACACAAGAAAGUUGGCUGUGUCCAAGGAAGUGGAGGAGUUCCUUCAAAAAUGUGACAUUCAUGGCGACAAACUUCUAGAAAUGUUUUGUGAUGACCACAAUCAGCUGUGCUGCACUAAUUGUGCUUUCCUCAAUCACAGGUAA